AGAGCAAGGUGGUGUGGAGAUGUUGGCUUCAAAGGGAAUCAAGCUCCAUCCCAUCAUCUCCAUGUCUCAGCUGCUCCGUGUGCUGCAGGCAGCCGAACGCAUCGACGCUUAAACCGCCCAGAGUGUCCACAAGUUCAUCCGGGACAGCAACACUUUCAGACAUUUACCUUCUAGCAUCAAAGCUGCUGAAGAUUAUGGAGGAGAAGCAGUCCAGCCUUUGUGUGUCUGCUGAUGUAACCAACAGCGAGGAGCUGCUGCAGCUGGCCGAGUCGCUCGGUCCAAAGAUCUGCAUGCUGAAGACCCAUGUAGACAUCCUGGAGGACUACACAUCAGCCUUCAUACAGCUUACAGCUGUUUUGUGUUUCACAGGUGCAAAUGGCAGAGGAGCACUCGGACUCUGUGAUGGGGUUUAUCUGUGGCUCCAAGCUCACAGAGAGGCCAGAGUUCAUCCACAUGACCCCCGGGGUGCAGAUGCAGGCUGGAGGUGGUCCCCGUCCCGUCCAGGUGAUCAUCACAGAAUCAGGAAGCCAACCAGACUCCCUAUUCAGUGGAUCAUCACCCAGUACAUCCUUAAAUGGAGAGUGGAAAGGUCAAUUAUCUCACAGCCCGAGGAGAGAGGUGGCCUUGCCAUCUAAACUCCUACACCAUCUCUGGUAUGAAUUUUGACUUCACCACCACUUAUGGAUCGUGUAAGUUAAGAGAGGCUGGCUGAGUCACCUCAGUGAAUGCAUGUAUGAGACUGUCCUGAGUAACGAAUCUCUGACUUUCUCUGUUUGUCCUGUAGUCUGUGAGCGAUAUGACCUCCAGCAGCCUUGGACACAGUUUCAGGUUUCAGAGUGGAGUACGGGCUCAUUGAGCACCUGUUGUUCUUGGCAGGGGCAGAUUCAGACAUUUACAAGUUCAGUUCAAAAGUGUUGUGUGUUGAAAUCUUGCCUGAUUACAACUUCUGCUCAUCACAGAUUUGUUUCUGUCAGAUGUGUCCUGCACAGCUACCUCUGGUACACUGUUAAUGUCUGCGAGGUUCCUGAGGGAGGCGAGGACAACCUCAUUCUUACUACUUGACAAACAACAGAAGCUGAUGAUCCCAAGGAGCAUGAAGUGGAGGAAGUGGGAGAUGCAUCCAUCAUGAUCAGCUGGGAAAAACCACUGGCUCCUGUCACUGCCUCCACUGAUGGAUGUGUCAGCUCACCUGUAGUGUAGCCGUGGGGAGGGCGAUGGAGAGGUGAAGCUGAGAACCAGAUCAUAAAGUCCUCUGUGUGCACAGCCCACCCGCCUGACUUCAUCAGCUGCUACAUGUUGCUUCCAUCUCUCUCCUCCCUGGAUGUGUCUUCUCUCUUUCAUUCUUUUCCUGUGGGAUCGUUGCCCACUCUCUCCCUGACUUUCAGGCUGACUUUUCCACAUGUUCAGUGUUUCACAAUAAAAGCCUGGUUAAAGCCUUGAUUCUACUUUGCUGUGGACACGGCUGAGUCCUUCCUGUUAGAAGAAGCAGCAUGUUUGUGAUAGAUGGACACAUGAAGCUAACACAGCACAUCUGUGUGAGUCUGCAGCAUGUUGACACACAUCUUGUACAGAUCUGAGAGCAGCACAAACAAACUCCAUCAAAGUGAUUUGUGCUGUUGCAGAGCUGUGUGACUGCAUUUGUCUUCAUCAUGGACACAUUUCUACAAAUGGGACUAAACAUGUGACCCUCUGCACAUCCAUGGGCUCAGGGGCAACAGUGCACCCAUUGGCUGGAUGCAGCUUGUAUUGUGGCUCCUCCCCCUUGACCUCCGUGUUAGCUUCAGGUCAGUUUAGCUGUGUUUCAUCCAAAUCCCAGAAUUCCUGAGGAGCAGGAAUAUGUGGGGCUGGGCUCUGAACACUCAGGGUGAGGACUGAGUGAAGAGCUACAGGACAAAGUUUCAGCGCUCACAGCUUUGAGACGUCCAAUCAGCAACUGGUCCUGAUGACAUCUCCCCUCUCAUUCCACAUACAUGAAGACUGCUAGAAGCAGCUAUCAGCCACAUCAGGCUCACAUCAUGCUUGCUAUUAAACAGGCUGCAGUCUGCAGUAAACUCCCUGCCACAAAGCUUUGAGUCUCCUCCAAAUGCACCUGUAACAAGGUGACCUGCAGAAAUAACUGUGUCCACGGGCAGAGUCACCAACACUCUGCACCAGAGCUAAACCUGCUUUGGAGCUAAAAAGCUGCUGUCAGGGUUUCCUGCAGAGCUUCAAAUGUGGAGACUGAAAGCUGUGGACGGUUUCUUCUCCUCCAUCAACAGCAUUUAAGUGUAAGAAUGGUUAUCUGUGUGAGAGGUACUGUGAAUGUUUUCUGUGAAUGAAGAUCAGUGUAGUCCAUCCAUCCACUUAAAGGCUGAGAUCCAAAGUGUAAUGGCAUCAAUAUAUUCUAAUGGUUAUGCACAGGCAGGAAGUGAGGCUGUAAAAAGAAAGAAAGAAAAACAUCCAACUCUUUUCUUAACAAUCCUCACUACAAAUAGAUUUAUUUCCCUGUUUUUGUUCCCACCGAGCUUCUGGUGUAAGUAUGUCAUGAACACAGAGAAAGAGGAGCAGCAGAGUGUAGAGCAGAACAGAGGUCUGAAUAAAGGUAAAGAGAGUUUCUUCAAUAUCUGAACUACCACGUGUCUCCUCAUGGUUUAUGAUACAAUUGUGGUCAUUCUCAUUAGACAAAUUCAUCAUAAAUGCAGACGUAAAGGCCUCAGCAUGUCUGCGUGUGACAGCCCUGAUCCCUCACAGGCUGAGUGUGAACACUCUCACACUGGAACUGAGCCAGAAGAGCUUUCUCAUGAAAACUGGGCGACUUUCAUUUCCUCGUCACAUUUAUGCAAUAAUGUUGCUCAACUGAUCAGAUUAACGGUGGCUGUUUUUUAAAAGUAACAUUAUUUAACACUAAGAAACGUAAAGCUUUUAGUGCACCAUCAUUUUUCUUUUUUGCAUUACAAGAUUUAAAAAAUAUGUUUUGUUAAUUUUUCCAAAUCAAACUUUAUCUGCCAAUAAGGAAACACAAACAGACUGGCCUAAAGUAAACAUCUCUCAUUAACUACACAACACAUUUUUUCAGGGACAACAUUUUAAAAGGUGUCUAGUUUUUUUAUUUUAUUUAAUUUUUGCAUACAUUUACUCCCAAAUAUAAGUUUCUCUGUAACAAAUAUGCCAAUAAUUUAGAGUCUUUAAAAGGGGAAAACUGAUUUGGUCAGAUUCGUUACAAACAGCUGCUCAAACCAUCACAACCUGAGGACGUAAAUUACUAC